AUGACCUGCAAUUCAUCUACUCCUAUGACCUGCAAUUCUGUAACUUUCGCUAGCGUAGAUGAUGCCUUGGAUUCAUUUAAUCGGAUGCUCCAAAUGAAUCCCAGGCCUUCCGGUGUCAAAUUUGGUCAGUUGGUGUCAUCUCUUGUUAGAAUGAAGGCCUUCCAGGCUGCCUUCUAUGCUUCUAAACGAAUGGAACUAGCUGGAGUCCCACACGAUCGUUACACACUUAGCAUAUUGCUUCGUUGCUUCUGUAAAUUGGGUCGAGUAGAUUUUGGCUACUCAGUUUUGAGCAAAGCUUUGAAACUCGGUAUUCAAUUCGAUGAUGUGAUGCUCGGUACAUUGAUUGACGGGCUCUGUAAAGUUGGGGAAGUAGUCGAGGCUGCAAGGUUGGUUCAUAAGAUUAGGAUUUUGGGUUAUCAACCGGAUGUUUUCACUUAUAGCAUAAUUAUAGAUGGACUUUGUAAGAUAGGGCAAACAAAUGCUGGACUUGAAUUGCUCGAAAACUUGAAGGAGUUCGGUUGUCAACCUAAUGUCGUUAGUUACAAUACAAUCAUCGACGGCCUUUGCAAGAGUGGGUUGGUAUCGAAAGCUUUAGAUGUGUUUUCAGAGAUGGAGGAUAGAAAAACUCAGCCAAAUGUUAUUACUUACAAUAGCUUGAUUUAUGGUUUAUGCACUUCAAGCUCAAGGAACAAAGCUAUGAUGUUGUUGAAUGAAAUGGCAGACAGGAAGAUCAUGCCUGAUACAUUCACCUAUUCCAUAUUAGUAGAUUCCUUCUGUAAGGAAGGAAAUGUUUUGGGAGCUAAAGUUAUACUGAAAAUGAUGAUUCAAAGAGGAUUGAUUCCACAUGUCGUCAUAUACAAUUCAUUGAUGGAUGGGUACAGUUUGCGCAGCCAAGUAGACAAAGCUAGAAAAUUAUUUGAUUCCAUGGCCAACUGGGGAUGCAAACAUGAUGUUUACAGCUAUAAUAUCAUGAUUCAUGCAUAUUGUAACAAUAAAAGGAUGGAUGAAGCCGAACAAUUACUUAAUGAUAUGCUUGAGAAGGAUUUGGCUCCAGAUACGGUCACAUAUACUACUAUGGUAAAUGGAUUCUGUCAAGCAGGAAGGCUUAAAGAUGCACAACAAAUUCUCAAGAAAAUGAGUGGGGAAGGUUGUUCCCCGAAUAUUGUGACAUACAAUAGUUUGCUUGAUUACUUGUGUGGACGAGGUCAACUUGACGAUGCAUUAGCUCUAUUUCAAGUAAUAGAAAGUAGGUUGAAGUGCGAUGUUGUGGGGUACAAUAUACUUAUGGAUGGGUUGUGGAAAGCUGGCAGGGAAAAGGAAGCAAGGGAAAUGUUUUCUAGGCUCUCUAGAGAGAACUGUUUGCAACCUGAUACCCGGACAUAUAACAUUACAAUUAAUGGACUUUGCAGACAACGUUUUGUGGAUGAAGCAUAUGAAUUGUUUAGGAAAAUGGAGGCAGAAGAUAGUUGUGUACCAGAUAAUUGCUCUUAUAAUGUGAUCAUUCAUGGAUUUCUUCACCAUAAGGAUCCACUUGAAGCAAUGGACCUCAUUCUUGAGAUGGUUUCUAAAGGUUUCUCAGCUGAUGCAACCACGAUGUCUCUGCUAUUAGAAAUGUUGCCCAAGAAUCAGUUGGAUCAUCCAAUUUUGCAGAAGCUGUUGAAUAGUCCUGAUACCAAGAGUCACGAAAUAGGGUCUAGUGAUCUAUCAACUGCUGCAACUCAAGGAACUUGCUGA